UUACUGUCCUUGUUUCAGAUAAAAAUCGCGGCUUCGUCUCCUCACUACUCCGCUUUCCUCAUUGAAUCUCCCUCUUUUCUUCGUCGGGCUUUUUGGGUCUCGGAUCGAAGGCGCGCGCGCUAAGAUCUGCGAGAGAAGUCGAUCGGAGAUGGGUUUCACUUCCGGAUCCAGCGCCGGGAUGAGAUCUUCCUUCGGAUCUUUCUUCUGGUUCCUUGUUUUCUUCUGCGCUGCCUUCCUCAGAUCUGGUGAAGGGUUUUAUCUCCCCGGAAGCUACCCUCACCAGUAUAUUGUCGGCAGCGACUUAUCGGUGAAGGUCAACUCGCUUACCUCCAUCGAGACCGAGAUCCCCUUCAGGUACUACAGUCUGCCCUUCUGCCGCCCCCGAGAGGGCAUCAAGGAUAGCGCCGAGAACCUAGGGGAGCUCCUCAUGGGUGACCGCAUCGAGAACUCUCCUUACCUGUUCAAGAUGUUCACCAACGAGACAAACGUCUUCGUUUGCCAGAUGAAUUCCCUCUCGACCGACGAUUUCAACCUCCUCAAGAAGCGGAUCGACGAGAUGUACCAGGUCAACGUCAUCCUCGAGAAUCUACCGGCGAUUCGGUACACGAAGAAAGAUGAUUUUGUCCUCCGAUGGACGGGUUACCCUAUUGGGGUCAAAGCCAGUAAUAAUGCCUACUAUGUGUUCAAUCACCUAAAGUUCAAUGUGUUGGUUCACAAGUAUGAGGAGACCAAUGUGGCGAGGGUGGUGGGAAGCACUGGUGAUGCAGCCGAUGUGAUUCAAACCUCAGAAAAGUCGAGAUCUGGAAAAGCUGGUUGGAUGGUGGUCGGAUUCGAGGUUGUGCCAUGCAGUGUCCUGCACAAUCCCGAGAAAACCAAGAAUUUGAAGAUGUACGACAAAUAUCCAGCAAAAAUCCAGUGUGAUCCUACUACAGUUGCCAUGAAAGUAAAUGAGAACCAACCAAUAGCUUUCACCUAUGAGGUUACCUUCAUCGAGAGUGAUAUCAAGUGGCCUUCUCGUUGGGAUGCAUACUUGAAGAUGGAGGGAGCUAAGGUUCACUGGUUCUCAAUCCUUAAUUCACUAAUGGUGAUUGCUUUCUUGGCUGGCAUAGUUCUUGUCAUCUUAUUGAGAACUGUAAGAAGGGACCUUAACCGGUAUGAAGAGUUGGAUAAGGAGUCACAAGCACAGAUGAACGAGGAACUCUCUGGGUGGAAACUUGUUGUCGGAGAUGUCUUCAGGGCCCCAAGUCAUCCAAUGUUGCUUUGUGUUAUGGUGGGUGAUGGAGUGCAGAUUCUUGGCAUGGCAGUGGUAACCAUCUUUUUUGCGGCACUUGGAUUCAUGUCCCCUGCAUCUCGGGGGACCCUUGUCACGGGGAUGUUGUUCUUCUACUUGAUUCUUGGAAUCGCAGCUGGGUAUGUUGCUGUUAGGAUGUGGAAGACAAUCAAAGGAGGCGAUCAUUCUGGUUGGGUUGCUGUUUCCUGGCGCGUUGCUUGUUUCUUCCCUGGCAUUGCAUUCCUGAUCCUCACAACAUUGAAUUUCCUGUUGUGGGGUAGCCAUAGCACUGGAGCAAUCCCAAUUUCCUUAUUCAUUGUGUUGCUGUUGUUGUGGUUCUGCAUCUCACUUCCACUUACUCUUGCUGGUGGAUUCCUUGGUGCCAAGGCAUCACAUAUUGAGUUCCCUGUUCGGACUAAUCAAAUCCCUCGCGAAAUCCCUCAGCAGAAGUACCCAUCAUGGUUACUAGUUAUUGGAGCUGGGACGCUACCUUUUGGUACUCUCUUCAUUGAGCUCUUCUUCAUAAUGUCUAGUCUUUGGAUGGGUCGAGUCUACUAUGUUUUCGGCUUUCUCUUAAUCGUGAUGAUUCUCCUCGUUGUUGUUUGCGCGGAGGUUUCUCUUGUCCUUACCUACAUGCAUCUAUGUGUGGAAGAUUGGCAAUGGUGGUGGAAAUCAUUCUUUUCAUCAGGAUCCGUAGCUAUCUACAUCUUUUUAUACUCGAUCAACUAUUUAAUCUUUGAUCUCAAGAGUCUAAGUGGACCUGUGUCUGCCACACUCUACCUCGGCUACUCACUGUUCAUGGUCACUGCUAUCAUGCUAGCUACUGGUACUGUUGGAUUCAUUUCAUCCUUUUGUUUUGUUCACUACCUCUUCUCCUCUGUCAAACUUGAUUGAUCUACUCCAAAAAGCUAGACCUGUCAAACUGAAGACGGGAAGAUAUUGGCACUACAUGAUCAAACAAUGAAAGAGAAAAAUUUGGUAGCUUGAGAAAUCUACAAGGAACACGAUGGUUCUUGUAUGCAUGUUGUCUUUAAUUCUGUUAGUAGCUAUGCCUUUUUUUUUGUUACCUGUUUUAUACUUUUUUAGUUAACGAAUGAAAUGAACUUGAUGAAUCAUUUGUUAAAUUAUGUCUUUUGUUUCGUAAGCAUAAAUGAAAAUCUAUCAUCUUCUUUUCCUGUUUAGGCACAUGUAA